GUGACCCAUAGUAAGAGCCUGGACACAGGAACCUGUCGAAUCUGUAAAAUGCCCCUGCAGAGUGAGGAGGAGUUUAUAGAGCAUUGCCAGAUGCAUCCUGACCUUCGGAACUCCCUCACCGGCUUCCGCUGUGUCGUCUGCAUGCAAACCGUCACCUCCACCCUGGAGCUGAAGAUCCACGGCACCUUCCACAUGCAGAAGCUUUCCAGUGGCUCUACGCUUGGAGGAGUUGGUGGAAACGGAGGAGUAGGAGGAGGAGGAGGAGGAGGGAAUGGCUCAUCCUCUUCAUCCCCUAACGGGCUACUGCAGCAGCAUAAGCUGUAUAAAUGCGCCUUUUGCCUAAAAGAGUUCAAGAACAAAGGGGAGCUGGUGAAGCUGGAUGUCAACGGGCUGCCUUAUGGCCUCUGUGCAGGCUGCAUGAGCAGGGGCACGAACGGCCAGAGUCCGAGCCAGGGAGGAGCUGCCACGCCGGGGGACAUGCAGGGGGAGAAGGCCAUGGUCGGGCUGAGGUGUCCAGAGUGUGGGGUGAAGUUUGAAACCUUGGAAGACCUGGAGAGUCACGUCCAGACAGAUCACCCCGAGGUCAGCCCUGAAACCAGCACAACAGGAAAGAAGGCCGAGGCUUCACCCGUACCUAAGAAAAAGACGUACCAGUGUAUUAAAUGCCAAAUGACGUUUGAGACGGAGCGGGAGAUACAGAUUCACGUCGCCAAUCACAUGAUCGAAGAGCCCACCUGUCGGCAAGAGGAGGGCAUCAAUCACGAGUGCAAGCUGUGUAACCAGAUGUUUGACUCACCUGCCAAGCUGCUUUGCCACCUGAUAGAGCACAGCUUCGAAGGCAUGGGAGGUACCUUCAAGUGUCCCGUCUGCUUCACAGUGUUUGUGCAGGCCAACAAGCUCCAGCAGCACAUUUUUGCCGUCCAUGGACAGGAAGACAAAAUCUACGACUGUUCCCAGUGUCCGCAGAAGUUCUUCUUUCAGACAGAACUACAGGAGGCUGCUGCUCCGGUGCUUCCUCCCAGCCAGCGUCACUCUGCUCAGCCGCCUCUCCCCUUCCUCUGCUCGGCUCCGCUCAGCCCCAGCAGCCGCCACCACCACCGGACACCGGGACACCGGGACACCGACCAGUUACUGCCCCGCGUCGUUGAUGCUGUGUAG